GCAGCCGAAAUAUAUUUUGUCAGGCGGUUUUUGUGGCGAGCCAAAGAGUGAGGAACCUUGGAACUAGACAGUCACGUGGUAGUUGGCUAGUUAACUAGUUAGCGGCGCUCUCAAUGUUUUUAGAAAUGUGACAUGACAACAUAACACAACGAGCAAAGGACAGCCCAAAGGUUUCAGUGGGCGUGUGUGUACAAAUAAGGCAGUAUCACGACCUCUGAUGAAGCGUGUCUAGAUAUAGAGACGCUGAACUCCUGGCCGACGUGGGAGCACAUUAGAGCAACAGCCAGGCCUCCCUGCUACCACCCAGACAUGUCGCUCUCUACAUCAACCUUCGAACCAAGCUCCCUCUCUUCCUCUGUCUUUACCUUCACACCAAGAGCUACAUCUGACUCGGAAGAUGAUGUAGCGUCGCUGCCAUCCUCACCAGGAUCCGAUUCAUCCCUCGACCUCGACCUCUCGGUAGACAUUGACGAGGAAUCCGAUGCGGAAGCAGAAUGGAGAGAAAGUCUACAGCAGCUCGAAAUGCUAUUAACAAUGGUCUUAGUACCGUUUGUUGGGAAGUUCCUUGGUAGAAAAUGUGCUUACUGGGCAUGGGGGAAAGUAAUGGAAUGGAAAUACCCAAUCAAUACAUCGAUAACGACGAUCGAAGCUUUGAGAAGUGAGAAAACCUACUGUAUUUUACCAUCACUCUGAAUUUAAUUAUCUGAAUUGUUGUAGAUUAUUUGCGAUAAUGCUGAGAAUCUAAGGAACCUG